CCGGUAAACGUCACACUGCUCAGAGCUGACGAGGAGAUGCGCUCGUUCGAGAACGUCUGGGAUACAUAUUUUAUUACCAAUUAUUUAAGGAGUUACCUUUAUCAUAUUGUUUUUUUGGUGCAAUGGUUUUUAAUGUUGACUUGUGUUGAUCCAUUUUUCUAUGGGAAAUAACACGUUCUAAUAGAUCGGGAUGACAAAGAGAAUGAGAUACCAAGCCUGGAGAUGGCUGGUUUUAUGGUGGUAUUAUUUCUUUCUCUUGUGGAUUACAACACACGGACAGACUCGUUACAGCAUUCCGGAGGAACUGAAGCAAGGAUCUGUGGUAGGAAAUGUUGCCAAAGAUCUGGGUUUAGGAUUAUCGGACGUUUUUGACCGAAAUCUGCGCGUAGACUCUGAGGCUGGUAAGCAGUAUUUCACUGUGGAUGCGGGGAAGGGCGAGCUGGUGGUGAAUGACAGAAUAGACAGAGAGGCUCUAUGUGGACAAAGCGCCAGCUGUGUGUUGCCUCUGCAGGUUUUAACCGAGAACCCGCUGCAGUUGCAUCGAAUAGAAGUAGAGAUAAGGGACAUUAAUGACAAUUCGCCGGUUUUUUCAACGGAGGAGAGAUUUUUAAAAAUAGCAGAAUCCACCGCCACGGGCAUCCGCUUUCCUUUGGAAACAGCGCAGGAUCUGGACAGUGGCAGUAAUUCCGUAAAGUCCUAUACGCUGAGUAAAGAUGAGUGUUUUAGUUUGAAGAUCAAAGAGGCCGCUGGUAACCGAAAGGUUCCGGAGCUGGUUCUAGAAAAAGCACUAGAUAGAGAGAAACAAAGCGUACACGAGUUAUUACUAACGGCAUUAGACGGAGGCAACCCGGUGAAAAGUGGAACCACAAGUAUCAUAGUCACUGUGCUGGACAACAAUGACAAUGUCCCUGUUUUCACAAAGCCGCUGUAUAACGUAACCGCUUAUGAAAACAGUGUUAGAGGUUCUAUACUAGCGAAGGUAGAAGCUGCAGACGCAGAUGAAGGCGUUAAUGGGGAGAUUGAAUACGCAUUUUCUGAGCACACGCCACAGUCGGCGUUGUCCAUUUUCCAGUUAAACGCUGUGACUGGUGAGAUUUCUUUGAUCGGGCCGUUAGAUUACGAAAGCAAGGCAAUACACGAAUUAGACAUUACAGCAAAGGAUAAAGGCAUUCCCGAGAUGGAGGGUCACUGCCGGGUGCAAGUAAUGGUAAUAGAUAUUAAUGAUAAUGCACCAGAAAUAGUUCUUACUUCAAAACCAAAUCCGGUGCGUGAGGACGCAGUUAGUGGCACAGUAGUAGCUUUAAUAAGAGCACGAGACCUUGAUUCUGGCGAAAACGCAAAAGUGACAUUAAAGCUCCCAAAGGGGCCUCCCUUCAGUUUGAAGCCUUCAUUUUCUAAUAAUUAUGCUCUUGUUACCAGCGGUGCUUUGGACCGAGAACGAUUCUCAGAGUACAGCAUUGAAAUCACAGCCACAGACUCAGGGUCUCCACCUUUGUCCAGUAAAAAGACGAUACCGGUCAGCAUCAAUGACGUCAAUGAUAAUCCUCCUGUGUUCACUCAGUCCUCCUAUAACGUUUAUUUAAAAGAGAACAAUGUUCCAGGCUCCAUCCUCCACUCAGUGUCAGCAUCUGACCUGGAUUUAGGCGACAACGCUAAAAUCUCUUACUCUAUACUGGACUCUAAAGUGCAGGACGUGUCCGUCUCCUCCUAUGUUUACAUCAACUCCGAUAACGGCAGCAUCUACAGCAUGCACUCGUUUGACUACGAGAAGCUGAAGGUGUUUCAGAUCCAGGUUCAGGCAAAGGAUCAGGGCUCUCCGUCUCUGAGCAGCAACGCCACCGUCCAUGUUUUCAUCCUGGACCAGAACGACAACGCCCCCGCUGUCAUUUACCCCUCCUCCGCUGCCCUGGGCUCCCUCUCUCAUCAGAGGAUGCCCCGCUCCGCUAAAGCUGGCCACCUGGUUACCAAGGUAACGGCCGUGGACGCUGACUCGGGCCAUAACGCCUGGAUCUCCUACAGACUGGCGGAGGCCACAGACGCCUCUCUGUUCACGGUCAAUCUGUACACAGGGGAGGUGAGGACUAAACGCGCUGUGUCCGAGCAGGACGACUCCUCUCAGAGGCUGCUCAUAGAGAUCAAGGACGACGGGGAACGGGUCCAGUCCUCCACCGUCACGGUGUCCAUCCUGCUGGAGGACGGCCUCCAUGAGCCCAUCCUAGAUCUGCGGCACAAGUUGUCGGAGCCCAGCAGGAAAACUGGGAGAAUCACGCUUUACCUGAUUCUGUCUCUGGCCUCGGUGUCUGUGCUGUCUCUGGUGACUUUGCUCAUCUUAGCGGUUAAAUGCAUCAGGAGCAGCAGAAGCAGUGGCAGCUGCUGCAUGAGGCGCAGCGACUGUGAUGACUACAAGAACCCCAACAGAAACCUGCAGAUUCAGCUCAACACCGAUGGACCUAUAAAGUACGUGGAGGUCCUGGGAGGAGACAUGUUGUCUCAGAGUCAGUCCUUCAGGUCGUGUAUGUCUCCGAUGUCCGAGUACAGUGAUUUCACGUUGAUUAAGCCGAGCAGCACCACCGACUUUAAGGAGGUGAUCAGUGUUCUGGAUGCGUCUUUACCCGACAGCACCUGGACCUUUGAGAGCCAGCAGGUGAGCAGAAAAUAAUAUCAAAAAAUGAGU